AUGAACAGUAGUCAGUGUUUCACCACUGACCCUACACAUGGUGUACCGGCAGCCUGAUCCGACCAGGGCAGAUCCCGGGACCCGAGAAGAAGCCCCCUUACAUUACACUGCCGGAUACUUUUUUCCAUUGCCCACGUCACUUGGUAGCCGGCGGCGCCUGCGUCUCAAUGGUUGCUGUGAUGUUGACUGCCUUGUCAACCAGGGCAGCACGGUUCACAGACGGCAAGCCAUAGCGAGGGAGCCAGGUUGAAGGACUGUGAAUGAACUUACUGGUCAUCAAGAAAGUCAAAGCUUGUGGUCUGAUCUCUACGUUUCAUUUUUACUUCACCUGAUUCCCUUCAUCCCAAUUCAUCCACAUGGACAUCGACUCGCAGGUCUUGGUACGUCGAUUCGCAUUUGCAGAUCCCCAUUUUCCAGAGCGCUAAGCCUAAAGGAUCACGCUAAUCAAUAACCGCCCUGCCUGCCGCGGGGAGAUUUGAUGCGCUGGCAGCGGAGCGGCACUUCAACCUCAACCGCAGCACAGCACGUCACUUUCCUUACAGCUAACAAACCGGGCGAAAGUAGUCCACCGAUACACGACGACGACGACGACGGCCCGGGCGAGCACGAGUAUCUGAUACGCACGCAACACUGUAUUUACUAUCAGCACAGCCUUGGUGAUAUUGCAUUCUCAAAAAUCAGCAUAACUGGACAAAGGGGUAGAAAGCUCGAAGCCUUGCCCAAACUGCACCAGCCAAUUGCCCCGCCAUUCACACUUCUCGGGUCAUCCCAUACCGUCUUUUUGUCUCUUUCUCUCCUGACCUCGAGCGCAGCUGUCAAGCAUCAGUUCAUGGCAACACCGAUUUAAUAGCUUUCGGGCAAAGCGUCAAUAGCUUUUAGCAACAGCGUCAUACCGUAAUAAUGUCGUCCUCUGUCCCUCCCACACCCACCACAGCUGCGAGCGCUAGACCGCAUUUCACACCCUUAGUCUGCAUAGUCGAUUUUCACCAUGCUCGCGGCCCCGAAGUCGAAAAAUGGUUCGGCGCAGAGCCAGAAGGGUUCGACCCGGCGGUGGAAUAUGAUUGGGGGUUGCUGCCUUUCAUGGCCCUCAGCGACGGCGCGCAUGCUCUGACCGAGGAUUUCUCCUACUUUACGUUGUUGAAGCCUGCGGAAGAUGGGGGGGCGGGUACCUCGCUGUUUGGGAUUUCAUGCACUCGCCAGAUGGACGCUUCUCUGUUGCUCAACAGACCGGCCGAGGUGACAAGAUCGACGGUGCAAAAAGCCGUGGUCGUGAUUGCAGACAGCCCGCAGUACUUUGGCAUGCUAAGGGAGAGGCUGAGCGUGGUCACCAAGGCGUGGUUUGCGCAGCGGGUGUUUACAGAUGUGGAGAUUCUGAAAAGGUUCCAGGAGAGCUUGGCUGAUGAGAAGGAAAGGGGGGUGAUGAACGAGGAUGAGGACAGAGACCAAUAUCUUGGACUGAGUUUGAGGGAGCUUGUCAGGGAGUUUAAAUGGCAGACAUUGGUGCUGUUGAAGUGCUGUUUGUUGCAGCCAAAGAUGCUGUUCUUUGGAACAAGAUGUGAGAGGCUUUGCCUAACUCAGUUUUCACUGGUAUCAUUGAUCCCAGGAUUGCUGCGCAACCUGCAGGACUCUGCGGGACCAGAGUUGAACAACUACGAGCAGAAUCUCCAGCAGCCAACAAGCCUGAGGACUAGCGACCGGAAUUCCCUGCUGGCAUAUAUGGGGCUGCCUCUGCAGAUUUUCCCAAAGGGCAGCUUGUUUGGACCAUACACCCCCUUGCAACAACUCGACAUUCUGGCAGACUUUGGAACGAAAUCGUAUAUUGUGGGCAGUACGAAUUCGUUACUUUUACAGCAGAAAGAUCGGUAUAGCGACAUUCUCAUUAACCUCGACGAGGGCACCAUCAACAUCACGUCCACUUCGUUGAAGGCGGCUCUUCAGCUCUCCACCCCAGACCGCCGCUGGAUUGACUUUAUAACCCAAAACGUCAAUGAUACCUGGGACGAGGCAAACCCCGGCCGUCCGAAAACUAUGGGUUAUGUUGGCAGCGAGGAAUUCAUCCGUGUCCAGUUCGAGGAGUACUUACUUUCUUUGAUAUCGUCUGUUAAGUAUCACAACCACCUCGCAAAGCAUGCCAACAACCCCCGGAUGUUGCUCCCUUAUAUUGAAGGCGAUCCUUCCACCGACUUCGGCUCUGAUUUCGUCGAAGCGUGGUCAAAGACGGAGAACUACCGAAUUUGGAAUUCGCACACUGAUUCACAUCUGUUUGAUAUUGUCGAACCAAAACAUCCCUGCGCUGGAGGCUUGACCAUCGAGGACGUUCAGAGGAGGAUAACGCAGCAGGUACAAGAUAUGCAUUGGGAUGAGAAACUCGCGCAGGGGAAGGAGGCCCUAGGACGGAACUUGGCGGCUGGAAAGGAGAAGGCCAGCAACAUCUUUAAUAAAUUGUAUGCGGACAUGGAGGCAAUCAGGGAAGCCCAGCGAAAGAAGGCCGAGGAAGCCAGAAUUGAGCAAGAGAAGGCAGCUUCUCAGCAGCAAGCCGAACACAGAGGGGGUUCUCCUGACUUGACAGCUUCCAAAACAACACAGAACUCACAGGCUGCUGCGCAAUCAGUAGGCAGCAAAGCGGGCGCGUUUGUCAACAGCUGGGCUACUUGGGCAGGGGAGAAGAGGCGGAAGGCUUGGGGCGGCGGCAGUUCAACACCUCCUACCCCCAUCACUGUCAGUCCUCCCGAGAGUAGCAACGGCGGCGGAGGCGGCUGGACCUCGGGCUGGGUGAAGAACAAGAACAGGCAAUCACAGAUGAGCACAAGGAGUGCGACCUCUGUCGACGGUAUGCUUGAGAAGGAGACCAAGACUGAAGCGAGAAGCCCCACGCAUAGUCGACUACCGGAGGAGAAGCAGCCGCUGGCUGCGGCCGGGAAUAGAGGUUCGGUGGCCGGCUCGUCUAUCAGUGAGGAGAGCUUGUUUGACUCACCUGUCGCAACCCGACAAUCCAGACCGCUAUCGCAGGAGAGCGUAAUUCUGGAAGAUCAGGAACCGGGAGGGAUCGAUGGUGUUGUGUCAUCAUCAGUCUCCAAGGAGAAGAAGUCAGGACCUAUGAACGGAAAGGGACCACUAGUGGUCAAGGUUGCCAAAGACGAGGGUAGUGAUGAUGAGGGGAUCCAGGAAGCUCAGAAAACACCACUUCCGUCGAGGGUGGCGGCGGACGAGGCAGCCAAAGCCCAAUCUGCGUGGGAAAGAUGAAACAGAAGAGAUGCAGGGAAAUGAAUUGGAAAGGAAGGAGUAUCAUAGAGUUCUGUAGUCAUAGCCUUGGAUGAACAGUCCCCUUGGAAUGAAUGGAAUACCUAAUACUUUGUUUAAUAACGGC